AUGCAAGCUCUCCUUUCACCAGCGCAUGUGUGGCCUGGUGGUAUCCCAUCUGCUGUCCACCUACACCCGGAUAGCGAGCUCGAUGCGGAUGAUUUGCUAGAAGAAAGUAGAGGCUGGUGCCUGUUUUUGAAGGAAACUUGGAAUCCUUCUUCUGACCCAGAGGAGGAUAGGACACAACGACGGACUCUGGUGGAGAGAUGGGCGGCUGCGGAUCAGACCUUUCGUGAUUCAUAUCAUUCACGUGCACCACUUUCAGAACUAACCGAUUUCCAUGGCUCAUCGGUUUCUAAGCGCUUUGUUUGUCUCGUGGACAAGCCCUACGAGCCUGAGAACUAUUCCCGCAUUACCAAGCUCUUGAUCCUACUGUACAUCCACCUUCAGAAUACAGUCAGUCAUCCGCUGAGCUACAACCCAGAAAUCCCUGCUCCGCAGCUCCCAGCAUGGAUGAUCGAUCCCGCCGUGAAUGAUGACUAUAGGCGACUUCUGGUUGCAGAGAACCUGCCUACGAGCUACUACCUCGAAACACCUCAUUUCGGCGGGAUGGCGAUGACCCGCGCUGGUAACGUCGUCUUUCCUCGCCUCGACGCGUACGAAUAUGUUGUGAUCGACAACCAGAGCUGCGAAGACGGGCGCCUCUGCUUGCUCAAUUUCGCCCUCAAUGGGCAAGUUGCCUACCAGGCGCGUGUACUCCCAUACCACCUGGGUCCCCUUACAUCACUCCGCUAUGGAUUGGGCCAUCUAUGGAGCGAGCUCAUGGACGAGAGACCCGAGGCAAGGCGAGCUGCCAAUAAGCCAAUUGAUCUCCAUCCGCCGCUCUUGGAGAUCAUGGCAAAGCUCAGCCAGCGGGGGGACCUGCAAUCGUUUAAUGACUACACCCCGGGGGAGUGGGCCGAGGAGUUUGAGCGAUUCGCCCCGGGGUAUUUGCAGUACGAGCAGCAGGGUCGGGUUGAUGAAUACAGCUGGGAUCAUCUGGUAGAUGUAUCAAAAGACCCAUUUGUUACCUAUAAUCAUCUUCGCAAUGCCCGACGGCUUGCUGAGUUGCAGAGACGAGGUCCUGUUUGA